AUAGCUCCCGUCUCCAAGCCGGCCGGUGCUUGCGGCUUUCCAGGCUCCAGCUGAUCAGAAAUGUUGUUGAGGGCGAAGGAGGUAGACAUUAUAACGUUUUCGUCCUGGCAAUUCUCAAAAAUUGCUCGUCUAUUAGCAACAUUUUUGUCACAGAGAGGCUUUAGUCUUUAGGGUAAAGGAUGAGUUACGACAGCGACCACCCUUCGAGUGCCGAAACUAGUCUAGAGAGACGCUUCUUGAGCAGUCUGCAGGAGUUGGUCCAGAAAAUGGAGGAGGUCCUAUUCCAUGCUAACGUAAAAGAAGGUUUCUGCCCCGGGGCCGUGAUCGAGAGCGAAACGAGCAAUGUCCUUGUUGAUGAAGCAAACUCGUAUGGCGAAUUUGAUGACAUCAUCGACUACACAAUCUGUCACCGAUUGUCACGGCGAUUAGAGAAGUCACUAAAGUUGGCAAAGGACCAGUUGGAACAGUCAGACCUCCAGGUUCCGAUGGGCCUGACGCAGCGCAUUGCGCAGGACAUCAUGCGCAUGUCUGAGAACGAGCCGUGCGGACUGCGCGGCUGCGCCAUCUACGUUCGCUUCAGUGACGGCCCGAGUGGCGCCGCUCGCGUCGUGGACACCGUCGACUACGACCCCGCGACCGUCUCGACGCACGAGCUGCAGCUGACACUACGCGACGAAGACGCGGGCACAGGGGGCGCCGGCGCGGCGCUGCGGCGCGCGCUCCCUCGCUGCAUGCGCGGGCGCCGCACGGUGUACGUCAGUGCCGGCUACCAGCUCGUCAAACGCAAGCUUUACCGACGCAACGACUCGCUCGAAUCGCUCGAUUCCGGCGGCUCCGUCGCGUCGUGAUGCAGGUGGCGCUAGCGAUUCGCUGGUAGCGAUAGCGACUUCAUGGCCUGCGAUCGCGGCGUGGCGAUACCGUCCUCCGCGACUGCACUGUACCAUUUGAGAUGAGCGGUGGGUGUGUGUGACGGCACCGUGGAAGAAUCCCCUGCACUCGUUCUCCCUCCUUUUCCCUUUGAUUGAUUCCCUCUCGGCGACGUUCCUGUUCCGUUUCCAGUGUCCCUCAGGGUAUUAGCCAGGAAUGAAUAUUGUGGGAGUGCAGAAAAAGUAUUUGGGAGUGCAAUUUUACAAAUGUACACGGCUUUAGUUCAAUAUUUUAGGCCGUGCAGUUUCAAAACUGACCGUGCAAAUCACGGCUGCACGGCCUGAUGGCUAAUACGUUGGUGU